AAAGCAAAAAUUAAUUUUUUCAAUUCGUGCGGAAGCUACAUAAGAAAAGGAGAAAAAUCUGAAAUUUGCAUUAAAAAUAAUACAGAUAAUAAUAAAAUAUUAAAUAAAUCAAAGUGCAUGUGGUAAAAUAUAUAUUUUAAAUAUAUUACAUUAAAAAUAACAUCACCAUGACGGUGACCAAUGGCGGCGGCAGUGGUGCUAACGCAAAUAGACCGCGUUGUUUCUUUGACAUAUCACUUGGUGGUCUACCCGUGGGCCGCAUAGUUUUUGAACUCUAUACCGAUGUGGCACCAAAAACUGCUGAAAAUUUUCGAUCAUUGUGUACGGGUGAAAAGGGCACGGGCCUGGUAACGGGAAAGCAAUUGCACUACAAAAAUGUCAUAUUUCAUCGUGUCGUCAAAGAUUUUAUGAUACAGUCUGGUGAUUUUUCAGCUGGCAAUGGUACUGGUGGCGAAUCUAUUUAUGGUGGUACAUUUGAGGAUGAAAAUUUUGAUGUGAAACAUGAACGUCCUUUUUUGCUUUCCAUGGCAAAUCGUGGUAAAAACACCAAUGGCUCCCAAUUCUUUAUUACUACACAACCUGCUCCACAUUUGGACAACGUUCAUAUUGUUUUCGGUGAAGUUAUAUCGGGUCAAGAUUUAGUACGCCAAUUAGAAGAUUUGCCAGUCGAUCGUAAUUCACGUCCUUUACAAGAUGCUAUUAUUAGUAAUUGUGGUGAAUUAGUGCGUCAGCUUAAAGUUAAAAAAGACAAGAAGAAAAAGAAACGGGCUGCCGCUUCAUCUGGCGAAAAUAAUUCUGCUAGUGAUUCAGAGACUGAAAAGCGUAGCAAGCGCAAGGAGAAAAAGAAGAAAAAGAAACGUUCUAAAUCUAGUGAUAAAGAAAAAUCUGAAUCGGAGAAAGAAAUUGAAGAAGGAGAAGCUACAGGUGACGAUGAAGAAGGUCAAAUACAUCCUCUAGUGACAGUUACCAAUAUCGAUCCAGAUGAGAUACCAGAGGUUUCCAAUAAAUUUCUUAUGCGCGAUGAUCGUUCUAAAAGAUCACUGGAAAAAGGGGAAGUUCGUGACAAUUCGCGGGACCGACAAGAAAAAACUGAAGUGCGAGGUUUUUUUGGUUGGUCAAAGAAAAAGGUACCGACAUCACGCAGCGGCCGCAUUAUCAAAGGAAGAGGUGUUUUCCGUUUUCGUACACCUUCCCGUUCACGCUCUCGUAGCAACACACCACCCCAUUGGAAGCGAGCACAAAAUCGUACUAUAAAAAUGUCCGACUUGGAGCGAAUUGAAGAGGAGAAGAAAAUGCGCGAAGAGGAAAUAAGGCGGCGAGAAGUUGAGCGUAAAAAACGUCACGAGGAGGCGUCCAAAAAUCCCAAUAAGUCUUAUUUUGAACUGUCUCAUGCCAGUUCGUAUGGCGUCAAAGAUGCUGAAGUCGCCGAAUCACCCGAGCGUAAUGAGUCCAAACGACGUCGUGAUGACAAACACGAUGAAAGGUCGAUUAAAGAUCGUAUUGGUCGCGUUGUGGAUCGUGAAAGAGAAAGGGAGCGAACUAAGGAUAAGACAGUCGAAAGAAGUCGUAAAGAUUCGAAAGGAGACAAAGACAAAAAAGAACAGCAGUCCCGUUAUGAGGAACGCAAGAAAACACCGGAACGUAAAAAGUCAGUUGAUUUGAAUGCCUUGGACUAUGAACAUCAACCGGACAGCGAAACAGAACUAGAUAACACAGGUGAUCUAGAUGAGUCUUUAAAUAAGAGAGCUAGAACGACUUCGUCAACAUCUGCAAAAGAUAAUCAGAAGACUUCAUCUUCAAAUAAUGAACGCAAGACCGAACGUAAUGACAAGGAGAGAAACCGUAAGGAUAGUACAGUGAAGGAAAAAGACCGGGAAAGGGAAAAAGAAAGAGAGAAAGAGAAGGGAAAGGAGAAACCUGUUAAACAAGCUCGUAAUUCGCGUUCUCGUUCUAAGUCACGUUCAAAAUCCAGGUCACGCAGUCAUUCUCGCUCUAAUUCAAGAUCUCCUUCACGUUCAAGACGUCGUCGUUCCCCUUUCCGCAAUGAUCGACGCAUGCCCAUGCGCCGUCAAGGAUUCCGUUCGCCUUUACGACGCAACAACUUCCGUGGUCGUAGAGGAAACCCGUUUGGCGACCGACGUCGUCGUUCCCGUUCUGGCGACCGUUUUCGCAAUCGUUAUCCUCUUUCACCUGUACGUCGACGUUCACCAGUGGAUCGCAGGCGUUCAAGAGAUCGUCGCGACCAAUCACGCAGUCGUUCACGCUCACGUUCUGCAGGACGUGAUCAGCGUGAUCGUGGAAGACUUGUGGCUGGUGGCGGAGGAGGUGGAGGUGGAGCACGAGAUCGCAGUCGUGACCGACGAACUAAAUCAAAAUCCAAAUCGCGAACCCCAUCGCGCAAUCAACGCCGUGUCAAUCGUUCAAAAUCGAGAUCACCUAAACGUUCACGUUCGCCUGAGCGUCGUCAAAGAAAAUCCAGCGAUCGUCACUCCUCACCAAAGAAAUCUAACGAACAAAACACAUCUGCCUCUAGCGCCAGUAUGUCUGAGGAAAAAGCCGCCCGUGAGAAACAGCAAAAACGUGCAGAAGCCCUUCUUAUGUUCAAAGACCACAUGCGCAAAGAGAUUGCCAAAGAAGAGGAGAAACGUGCUGAGCGACAACGCAUCGAAGACAUGGAAAAAGAAAAAACAGCUCGCGAAUUGGAACAGUUAGAACGUUUGAAACAAGAAACUCUAAAGAAACUAGAAGAACACGAGAAACUUAAGAAACUGACUGUUAUAGCAGCUGUGGCAGCCGCUGUUAGUUCUACCAACGAUGACAAAGAUGAAAAGUCACGCGACAAGAAAAAGAAGCGCAAGAAAUCAAAGAAACAUACACGAUCCUCAUCACCUUCAGACUCGCAUUGAGUUUCUUUAUAGUAAUUUUCCUUAUCAAUUACCUAACUCUCGAUAUGCGAGUUACAUUUUCCGGCAUGUGUUUUAUACAAUUUAUGAACAGAUUAGUAUCGUUGUGUGAAUAAAAAUAAAAACAAAUAAUGAAUGAAUUAAUAAAUUUUAUUUUCAUCUCAAUUCAAUUGUAAUUCGAUUAAGUAAUUCUUAAAAUAUUUUAUAAAUUAAAAAUGUUAUUUUUUUUUUUGCUGUAUUUCAUUUAUAUUGAAUGAAUAAAUUAAAUUGAAUUCAAGAUUUGAAAAGCAUUUUGGGAACUAAAAGAA